AUGCCGCCGGCAGCGGGUUCCGUGCGAGUGAGAGUGGAGGCCGAGGUCUUCACUGUGGAGAAGCAUACACUGAUUGAGGGCAGUGAGUAUUUCAGGGCUCUCUUUGAGUCUGGCAUGCGGGAGUGCUCGAUGGAGGAAAUCCACCUGCAGCAGCUGCCGGCCGGUGGAUUUGCUUUAACCAUGAGAGUUCUGCAAGGGGACUUCCCCAUUCUGAACAGCGAGGAGAUCACUGAUGCCAUUGAGUGUGCAGUCUUCCUCCAAGUGAAGUCUCUGACUGAACACCUUAUCCACAUCAUCAGCUCCAAGAACUGCAUGGUGAUGCUCCAGACAGCAGCAGCGUACGGGCUCUUUGAACUUUUCCAUGCAUCUGCUCUGUUUAUUAGAGAUAUUUAUUCUAAUGUCAGGGAGGACUUGAGCUUUUUACCUGAGGAUCAGUUGAAUUACAUUGAAUCCCUGUCUCCCAGUACACUCGUGGCUGUGGCCACUCACUCACCCUCUUCUCAAUAUCUUGAUGACCAUUCCAGAACAAUCUGCUACUUGGACGAAGCAGAGAAUACUUGGAGAACUUUGACCUCGUUACCCAACAAAGCUAGCACAUCUCUCGCAGGCAUUGCUGUGGUGGACAAUAAUAUCUACAUAGUUGGAGGUGUUGAUGGACUGAGCAAGCAGGUUGUAAAGCUUAACUUUUGCUACAAUACUGAAAGGAACAGCUGGAGUGAAUUUCCCAGCAUGCAACACCUUCGUCACAGCCUAACACUGACAGGGCAAGAUGGCUGCCUUUUUGCCAUUGGAGGAAUAUACAAGAAUACGGUGCUCACAGCUGUGGAGAAGUACCACGUGGCAUCCAAGACAUGGUCCUUCGCUGCACAUCUUCCCAGACCUGGAGAGGGGAUAGCCUGCACACGAGCAAUGAGCCGGAUUUUUGUGUGCCUUUGGCUUCCAAUGGACACCACCGACAUCUAUGAAUACAAGACCAGCAGGGAUGAAUGGUUUCUUGUAACCACACUCAAACGCCAACAAAGUUAUGGUCACUGCAUGGUCGCCCAUUUGGACAAUCUGUACAUCAUAAGAAAUGGACCAGCAGAUGAUUUCUUGAGGUGUUUCAUCGAUUGCUUCAACCUCACCAGGCAACAGUGGAUGAGCAUGUGUGGCUAUUAUGUCAACAGUAAAGGAGCACUUUUCACGGCAACCAUCAGAGGUGAUAAUGUUUUUACAGUAAACAGAAUGCUGACCCUGGUCUAUGACAUACAAAAAGAUAAGUGGAAACCAGCGAGGGAAGGGGCUGGAUUUCCCCGAAGUGGCUCCAUGCACGCCUUCUUACUUCGACUGCCAAAGAAAGGGCUUACUGCCCCGUACCAGAACUAA